AUGGGAACCCAGAACUGGAGGAACCAGACAGACUUUUCGGAAUUCAUUCUCUUGGGAUUUAGUGAAGUUCCUGAACUACAGUUAAUUUUCUUUUUGAUGUUUCUUCUGAUCUACACUGUGACCAUGACUGGAAACCUUCUGAUUGUUGUUCUUAUCAUGUGUGACCAGCAUCUCCAUACCCCCAUGUACUUCUUUCUGGGAAAUCUUUCAUGCCUGGAGACCUUCUACAGCUCAACCAUAGUACCCAGGAUGCUAGCAAGUUUCUUGACUGGAGAGAGGACAAUUCCUAUGUGGGGCUGUUUUUUACAAUAUUAUUUCUUCGGCUCUCUUGUGGGUUCAGAAUGUUAUCUGCUGGCUGCUAUGUCUUAUGAUCGGUAUUUAGCAAUUUGCAAGCCUCUUCACUAUUCAGCCUUAAUGAAUCAUACAUUGUGCAUACAGAUUAUGAUGGGAUCAUGUGCAAGCUGUUUUCUACUUAACACUAUAACAACAUGUUUGAUGUCCCAGCUAUCAUUUUGUGGUCCUCGUAUUCUUGAUCAUUUCUUCUGUGAUUUCACCCCAGUUAUAAAGCUUGCCUGUGGUGAUACACAACAGAUGGAAUUAAUGGCUUUCUUCCUUUCUUCCCUAAUAGCUCUAGCCCCAUUUCUUUUGAUUUUGGUGUCCUAUAGUUUGAUCAUCUCCACUGUCCUAAGAAUUCCAUCAAACACAGGGAGACGAAAGGCCUUUUCCACUUGUUCAUCCCAUCUUACGGUGGUUAUAGUUUUCUACGGAACCCUUGUCAUUGUCUACAUGUUUCCCAAAACAAACACAUUGAAAGACCUGAACAAAGUCUUCUCCAUCUUUUAUACAGUUCUAACUCCCAUUGUCAAUCCCAUUGUAUAUUGCCUGAGAAACAGAGAGAUAAAGGAAGCUAUGAGUAAGCUUAUCUGUCAGUUGCUUAGUUUUGUAAGGAGAAGUACAUUUUUCCACAGCAGCUUUGGGUAG